AUGUCCACCUCGUUCGAUUCUGCCGAUUCCUCUCGUCCCAUGAUGGCUCCCACUACCCAAAACCGCGCCUCCGUCCGCCUCUCCAUGGCGCCCUCCGUGGCCCACUCGGUUGCGCCCACCUUCUGCACCACCGACAGCGCCGUUGCUGAGAUCACCGACAUUGGAAAUGGACUCGACCGCAUGGAGAACAAGGCUCUGACACAGCAGCGCGUGCACCUGUCCGAGGAGAAGAGCGUCAACCUGCAGAAGCUCGCUCUGGGCGCCAAGCUGGAGCGCGCGCUCGACCGUCGCAUGUCCAGCCAGGAUGCCGUCAUGAGGCCGCGCAAGCCAACAAUUACCGCCGCUUCGAGUGUUGACCUCAACGAGAAGGAGAAGGUCGAGAUGAUCUGA